AUGCUCGCUCUCACCGUCGAAGCUCAGCUGGAGGGCGUCACUGCUCUCGUUCCCACUGACACUGAGGAGAAUCCCUACUUCUACACAUUCAAAGUGAAAUGCAAUUCCUGCCAUGAGACUCACCCCAAUUGGGUCAGCUUCAACCGCUUUGAGGUCCACGAAGUCCCCGGCAGCCGCGGUGAGGCCAAUUUCGUGUGGAAAUGCCGCCUUUGCACGAAAACCCACACUGCCUCCAUCACCAGUGGACCCAAGCCCUACGAGGUCCAGGAGAAGAGCAGCGCCCAGAAGAUCAUUGAGAUGGACUGCCGUGGCCUUGAGUUCACCGAGUUCAAGCCUGAUGGCGAGUGGGAGGCCAAAGCUGUUGAUUCUACCACCGUCUUCACUGGGAUUGACCUCUCAGAGGGUGAGUGGUACGAUUACGAUGAGAAGAAGGGCGAGGAGGUUAGCAUUAAAGAGAUCACCUGGGCUGUUGGCCGUUAG